AUGAAGUUUGAUACUAGCGGUCUCGAAUCCACUGCUUCGGUUUUUGGAACGGCCGGCGGGGAUCUUGUUGAUGGGUUUGCUGCUGCUGCUACAGCUUUUGAGCUACCCGCGACUAAAGAUUUUGAUGGCUUUCAGAAGGAAGCUGUACAGAUGGUGAAGCCAGCAAAGGGGACAACUACUCUUGCCUUUAUCUUUAAGGAGGGUGUCAUUGUUGCAGCCGAUUCUCGUGCUAGCAUGGGAGGCUAUAUUUCAUCACAGUCGGUUAAAAAAAUCAUUGAAAUCAACCCCUACAUGCUUGGUACAAUGGCUGGAGGAGCUGCUGAUUGUCAGUUUUGGCACAGAAAUUUGGGCAUUAAGUGCCGGCUACAUGAAUUGGCAAACAAGCGUAGAAUUUCAGUUACAGGGGCAUCAAAGCUUCUGGCAAACAUUCUGUUCUCUUACCGUGGAAUGGGCUUGUCUGUUGGGACCAUGAUUGCUGGUUGGGAUGAAACGGGUCCUGGACUAUAUUAUGUGGACAGUGAAGGUGGAAGGCUGAAAGGAACAAGAUUCUCUGUUGGAUCUGGUUCUCCAUAUGCAUAUGGUGUUCUGGAUAGUGGGUACCGAUUUGAUAUGUCAAUUGAAGAAGCUGCAGAGUUAGGUAGAAGAGCUAUUUAUCAUGCAACAUUCCGUGAUGGAGCCAGUGGUGGAGUCGCAAGCGUUUAUUAUGUGGGACCAAAUGGAUGGACGAAACUAUCUGGUGAUGAUGUCUCAGAGCUCCACUACAAAUACUAUCCAGUUGUGUCAGCAGAAACUUCAGAACCGGACCAAAUGGUUGAAGCAUAA